AUGGCAGAGCAACUUGUAUCCUUCGGAAUUGAGCUGGGUCCUUCCUUAGGAGCUGUCUUCAUAGGCUGUCUUUUCACGGCAAUCCUUUCGGGCAUAUCGUCUGCCCAAUUUAUCGUCUAUUACGGUAGUUGCUAUCAGGGGGACUCCAUGGUGGUGAAGUGCAUGAUUCUUGUUUUAUGGAUGCUUGAUUAUGUGCACCUUUGCUUCAUCGCCCAUGUCGUGUACAUAAGCAGUGUUAUCGAGCAUGCGGCCCCAUUAGCUAUACUUGAUGUGACCUGGACUGUGCCGGCGCAGGUUGGAGUCGUCGGUGCCAUCGACAUGAUUGUGAGAGGCUAUUUCAUCUGGCGAAUAUGGAAAUUGACAUCGCACAAUUACUUUAUGGUAAUGGCUAACGCUGUCAGUGCGCUUUUCACAAUAUGCAAGUUUUGUAGUUAUUUUUUCCGUACUCACCAUGAAGCUCACCGCUCGAAUCUGAUUGCAGUCGUCAAUCUGGCCGUAUGCAUCAAAGCGUUUCAAAUCAAGACCUACGUUGAACUGGGAAAUAUCAAAGUCGUGAUGUACAUGGGGCUUGUUGGGGCAAUGGUCGCCGAUCUGUCACAUUCAAUAUCACUUUGUUUACUGCUAAGAAGACACAGAUCAGGUAUCCGCAGGAGUGACACCAUUAUUCGCAUCCUUACGUUGUACACCAUCAAUACUGGCCUUCUUCCUAGCUCAUGCGCGAUCGCUUGUUUGAUAAGUUUCGCCUUAAUGCCCAACAACCUCAUAUUUUUAGCAAUCUACUUCAUUCUACCGAAGCUUCUCCUCAAUUCUAUGAUGGCCAUAUUGAACGCCAGGCAACGCAUUUUGAAAGCAAGCAUGGUCCCUGUCACCUCCAUACCGCUAGGUUACAUGCCAACGGUUGACAACCACUCUCACGAGGUCAAGCCUCUCGAAGUGUCGAUUCGCGUAGCUGUGGAUCAGCAUGCUGACUUCAAAUGA